GAGCCAUUGAUUGAGCAGCCGGACCCCUGUCAUUUUAUGAGAAUGAAAUGCGGAAAUAAGCAAGAUAAACAUUUCAGAGUGACUGAAAGAUCGUUUGUGCAUCGCUUUCAACCAAAGAUCUUGUUAAAUAAAACAACUGUAAAUGUAGAUUUUUUUUUCCCCCAAGGCUUUACAUGCUAUACCUGUAUUUGAAGUUGGUGAGGCUGUAGUAGCAGAAGGAUGGAAAAGGGUUGAGGGAAUGGUCUGAAUGCUGCACUAAACAAGAGGCAAUGGCCUCACCAUCCCCACCAUCUUCAUCAAAUGAGCAGCGGGUGAUGGAAGAAUGGAGUGAUGGAAGAAUGGAGUGAUGGAAGAAUGGAGUGGGAGACUGACAGUCGGAUCGGUGCAACAUCAGUAGUAAUAAAGACAUAUUUGUCAGUUAAAGAGAGUUGAGUCAAAAGAUUGACUGGUAAAUUCAUCUAUGUUCCUACCCUUGCCUACAGUAUGGUCAUGAACCUUUAGUAUAGUGACCAAAAGAAUGAGACUGGGGAUAUAAGUGAUAGCGUGGUAGCUGGGCUCAGCCUAGCAAUUAGGAUGAAAGGCCUGGACAGUCAGGAUAGACUCAAAGUAGAAUUACUGCUCCUUCUCAUCAAAAGCAGAGCUGGUUGAGGAGUCUGUCUAGGAUGCCUCUCUGGGGAGGUGUUAUGGGCAGGUCUUGGACAUGAUAUAGAGAUUAUAUCUUUUAGCCAACCUGGGGUCACCUGGGUAUUUCCCCCGGAGGAGCUGGAGGAGGUGGCUGGGGAAAAGGAGGAGGUCUGGGCAUCUCGGCUCAGACUGUUGCCCCUGCAGCCCUAAUCCAGACAAGCAUUGGAGAAUGAGUGGAUGGAUGGCACCUGGCAUAUGUCAUCCCUGAUGGUCUAGAUCAGGGGUCUCAAACUACUGGACUACGGGCCACAUCCAGCCCACAAAACACUCUCACGGCUCACAACAUAUUUUUAUUUUACUAUUUAAUAUGGCCCUCAAAUCGAUCUUUACACUGUACUGGGUAUGAAAUGGUUACUGGGUUCAUGGUAAAACUCCUGAUAGUUGUUAUUACCAUAAACUUUAAUUAUCGUUGAAACGGUGGUUGAUUACAGUGCUUUCCACUGUAUGUCCAGCAUCAACCAAAGGUAGCAACAGUCUCCCAGAUGCAGGUACGCAGGGGCCACGCGCAAUGUGGGUUGUUUUACGUCAGUAAAAAACAUGCCGGAAGGCAGCUGUGGUUCUGUUCUGAUUUUUCAGCUGUUUAAGUCUGGUGUUAGCGAACGCCGGAUAAGUUGACUAUUAGCUCAGUGCGUGAUGUUGGAACUUUGGAAUAGGGGGAAAAUAUCAUGGAUUAUCUGUCUAAUAUCAUGCAUUAUCUGUCUAACUUGCUAAUAGAUGUCAGUGUUACAUCCCCUUAUAAAAACACUACACAUUGUCAAUGGAUCGUUCAGUCGGUACUUUUUUGCCUCAGAUGUAGUUCAAUGGUCAUUCACUCUGCAUAUGUUUGUAUUUAUGUAUUCUUGAAAGAGGACACUAUAGAUUAAUUUCCUUCUUCUGUAUGGAUUUUCCAGCGUGACUACGAUGUGUCAUCAUUAUUUGUAUUUGUCUGAAGUUCAGUGAAUAGUCAAACUCUUAGGAGAUGAUGUGGUUUUCAUAUGUUCACAUGGGUGUUGCCUAUGUUAUCAUUUUACUGUUUGUGCAAACAGUAAGUGCGCAAUGCUGCUAAUUGUAUUUGUGGUUUUCAAUGUAAAACCUGGUAAACAUUGCAGUUUGUGUAUCAGUAAUUUUUUAAAGAUUUUCAGCACAUUUUAACAAUACAGCGAUAAUACUGAUGAUAAUUUAGAUCACUAUUAUCGUAAAAUUAAUUUCAUACCAUUUCAUCUCAGCUUUGCUCUAAUAUAUUCUUCCUUUAAUUGAGCAGAGGCCUGUUUUUAUAGAUGAACUUAAAAUUUCAAGUUGAAAAAGAUGGGAUUUGUUGUUGUUGUGUGAUUUCUCUCGUGGCCCCCAUGGGGAAACGCCACACAGCCUGUGGCCCCCUUGGGGAAACGCCACACAGCCUGUGGCCCCCUUGGGGAAACGCCACACAGCCUGUGGCCCCUGGGAGUUUGAGACCCCUGGUCCAGACAGUCACACCUGCUCACUUUGCCAAUGCAUUCUGUAUGGACAAUAUAUACCAACCAAGCAAGCAGGAUGACUCUUGGACUGCUCCCCACUGGGUCCGAAAUACUCCCCACUGGGUCCGACACGCUCCCCACUGGGUCCGACACACUCCCCCUGCCCACUGAUACCCAGCGCAGUGGUGAUAGAGGGUUCCCGCUCCUGUAACCCUGCAGUCACUGCCGUCUGGGGUCCCUUGUAUUUAAAGGUCACAGAUGGUCCAGUGAAAAACGAGAGUGAGACAAACCAGUUAUGCUGAAUUAGACGUUCAUGAUUUUCAAAGCUGAGUUAAGGGUGAAACAAUACAAUCUAUUUAUGAUUCAGUUCCAUAGAUGAAUCAGGUCUCAGUUCCAUGCACUCGGAGUAAGAAUAGAAUGUCAAACACGUUUAAUGACAGGUAAAACAAAAACGUACAGGGUGUUAGCUAUUUUUUAGAUUAAAUAUUUCACUUUAAUUAAAACAAAGACCACAAGUUAAAGUAGUCUCAACAAGGACAAUAAAUUCGCGCGUAUCGUCGAAUUUAAAGGAUAAAAUCUGGUCCGUCUGAGUCCGUCACAAUACAAACAAUAUGUUAACACCUCGGGUUGUCUGUAAUAAACACAAAUAUCAACAAAAUAUGGCUAAUAUUUAAGAUGAACCACGUUAACGCGCAAGGGUUUACAUGCAUUAUCGACCUGUGAUGUAAUGUUGAUUCAUGCAAAUUUCGUCGGGUAGAAAAAAGGGCAGAACAUAUGUUGUGAAAUUCAACAGCGCUUAUUUUUUUUAUUCUGUAGAAGACGAAAGAUCGAUCUGCUGGCCAGAUUUUAUCAGAAUCAUACCGCGGGUCAUACAAGUAAAAUAUAAAUAAAAGGCUGUCACGUUUUGAUAGCAAUAAAUCUCCCAUUAACUAACUAACAAUCCCUGUUACACCCCUAAUUUGAGUCUGAGUUAUUUAUAUAUAGUUGUUGGGGGAAUUACCCAUAGAAUGGCACAGGGCAUUUCUUAAUGCGUAUCAGCUGCAUUUUAUUAAGGAAGCGCUUUGUCUUUUUAUCGGAGUUUUUCGGAAGCACUAGACAAGACAGACAAGCUGCAGACGCAACAGUUUAAUAAAAAUCACAGCCUACGAAACAUUACAAAUCGCCAGACUCCAUGAUUUGCGCAAUCAUUGUGUUUUUCUAUUUAAUGCUGGUUUUACAGCCCUGAUACGUCCAUGGGGGGCAAACCCUCACCACAGUAACUCUGAAAUCUUAUUAAAUUUUUUCUUUAACCAAAAGGAGAAACAAAAUCCUACAGCGACUGGCAGCGUUUUAGUACUUAACUACGUCGUUCGUGCGAAUGUUAGGGUUAGCGGACAUAUAUUUUGUUAGGGACAGAAACCUCGAUGCGUCCCGCGGGAAUUUCGGGGGGGUUGGAACUGAAUUUCGGGGCGAUUCCACAGUUCAGUCCCUGACCACGUUCACUGCACGAUUUCGGACAUCCCUGCGUGUAGGAAAAUACUCAGUAAUAGUGGGAUGAUCUUUAUUUUUGAUCGUCAACCGCUUGAUUGUGAACGACAGGUCGAUCUGUAAGACUUUCUUAGUUUAUCGCGUUUAUUGUGCCCCCGAGCCCCCCCAAGUUCAGCAAGAGAUUUUUCUUCAUUGUAAAAAAUGUUGGGUUUUAGAUUACUGGAUUCGUGUGAAAGGGUUAACGUAAUCCAUUUGGUAUAAAAGAGAAGUUUAUACAUAAAGCAGAUUGCCGCUUUUAUUGCACCCCCCGCUGCCAUUUCGUGAUAUUUUAUCUCACUUUGCUGUGUGGAAAUAGGGUUGUUUGUUUUACGAGGCACUCGGCUUCUCACGCCAUACCUUUAUUUGGAGUGGGUGGGGGGUGGCUCCAGAGUAAGGAAAGGGUUUUGGAUGCCGCACGACACACAAGGCAAUGCUGCCACCAAGCAAACAACCGAUCGCUGGGUUAUUUUGUCCCUUCCUUGCCAGUCCGGAGAGUAUAGGGUGUAUAGAGAGUAUAGGAAGUAUAGAGAGUAUAGGGACUUGCGAGCAAAGCAUCCGGCAAAUGUCAACGCAGACAGUCCGCAUAGUCAGACUUUUUUGUUAGCAGACGCAUAUUCUGCGUCGAGAAUCCUCUGUAUGUGUCUUUUUUUUAUCAGAUAUUGCGGAAUAUACACGAUUUACUACAAUUCAAAUAAAGUACAUACAUUGCAUAUUAUUAAAUUUUUAAAAACGUUUGCAUCGCAGUAUUUAGAGAAAACUGUAAAGAAUUCCUGCUUUAAGGAAGUUUAGUGGUUUUCCGUGACCCAGUGUAAUUUUAAUCUUUGCUUCCUCCUUAAACUGUCUACGCGAAAAUCCCACUGCGAAGCUGACUUGUUUACAUCUGUCUUGCCUUUCUGAGAUUAUGGUUUGCCUUUGAACAUGCACUGGGUGAUUGCAUGCACCUAUGCAGAUACACAGACUGCGUUGCACUUAUGCACACAUACAUGCACACGUGCACACAUGCCCUCAUGCUCUCUCACGCACACGUACACACACACACACCCUCAGCCUGGAAGUACAGCCCCCUCUUCAGUGCUCUGCCUGCCAGAUUACGGAGAAGCAUUCGUCCCACUCACAGACUUCACUCUGCUGCUCCCAGGACUGAGAGCCAUGACUGGGUUGAGUUGGGUAGCCCUGUUUGCAUUGCUGGGCUGGCUGGGCACCUGCGCUGUGGGGCCCGUGCAGGGGGGCAAGGUGCUGGUCAUGCCCGUGGAAGGCAGCCACUGGCUGAGCAUGCGGACGCUGGUCGCUGAGCUCUCGCGUCGGGGCCAUGAGACCGUUGUGCUGGUGCCCGAGACCAGCAUCUUGAUCGGGGGCACCGCAUACGGACGCACGGAGGUCUUCCACGUACCCUAUAACAAGGAGGAGCUGGAAAACACCAUUAAAAAAUUCUUGGACAACACAUUUGGCCAGCGCCCGCAGGUAAUGGACCUCCUCGUCAAUGUGGGACAACUGCUGAACUUCACUGGCUUGCAGGUGAGGGGCUGCAAGGGGCUCCUGUACGACGAGCUGCUCAUGCACAAGCUGCGGUCUGAGGGCUUCGAUGUCGUUCUGACGGACCCCUUCCUGCCCUGCGGCGCCAUCCUGGCUAGUGCCCUCGACAUCCCGGUGGUCUACUUCCUGCGCGGCUUACCCUGCGGUCUGGAAUACCAGGCCAUGCAGUGCCCCUCACCCCCCUCCUUCGUGCCACGCUUCUUCACGGGCAACACGGACGUGAUGACCUUCCCUCAGCGCUUGAGGAACAUGAUCUCCACCCUUAUAGAGAUCCGACUGUGCCAUGUGAUCUACGCCAGCUUCGACGAGUUGGCCACCGAGUACCUGGGCCGAGUUACCACCUACAGGGAGCUCAUCGGCCAUGGCGCCAUCUGGCUGCUGAGGUACGACUUCACCUUCGAGUUCCCCCGACCCGUCAUGCCAAACAUGGUCUUCAUUGGAGGUAUCAACUGUGCCGAGAGGAACAUCCUCCCCGCGGACCUGGAGACCUUUGUGAAUGGGUCUGGGGAGCACGGCUUUGUGGUCUUCACCCUGGGCUCCAUGGUGUCCCAGAUGCCUGAAGACAAGGCCCAGUGUUUUUUCGAGGCGUUCCGGCAGAUUCCUCAGAGAGUCCUCUGGAGAUACACCGGACCUGUUCCCGCCGACAUCCCUGAGAACGUGAAGCUGAUGAAGUGGCUCCCACAGAAUGAUCUCUUGGGCCACCCGAAGGCCAGGGCUUUCGUGACUCACGCUGGUACACAUGGCAUCUACGAGGGCAUCUGCAACGCCGUUCCCAUGGUGAUGCUGCCGCUGUUCGGCGACCAGAGCGACAACGUGCAACGCAUGGUGGUCCGCGGUGUUGGGGAGACGCUUAACAUCUACGACAUCACCGCGGAACAAAUUGUGACGACGCUCAACAAAGUCAUCAACGAUUCAAGUUAUAAGGACAACAUAAUGAAGCUGUCUGCAGUGCACAAAGACCGGCCCAUAGAACCGCUGGACCUGGCUGUCUUUUGGACGGAAUUUGUCAUGCGACACAAAGGGGCAGACCACCUGAGACCUGCCGCACAUGAUCUCAACUGGAUCCAGUACCACUCCCUGGAUGUCAUCGGCCUGCUCAUCAUCAUAACUGUCACUGUUGUCAUAGUGACUGUUAAAAGCUGCAGAUUCUGCUGCAGAAUGUGCUUCCGAGGGAAAACCCAGAAGAGGAAGAAGGAGUGAGCGUUGCUCUACUGAAUGUGAAGAAAACAAAAGACCCCUCACCUGAGUGCAUGGGUGGGGGGGUGAUCAAAAUGCAAAAGGGAACUUCACAGGGAAACAAUACAUCUGUAUGAACAGCACGUACCACAAUAUCACUUACCACUUAGCAUCGAGAAGCACAAUAGUAGAUGAGGUCAGAUAUUCUUAGGAAAGGAUGUCCGACAUUCAAGCUAUUAUGUUCUAAAGAUAGGAGCUGUCAGAAAUUGGUUCCUUUGAUGAACUCUGCCACUGUCUGCCUUUUCUCCAGGCAACAUUUGAUAUUCCCCCUCCUCCCCCCGAAACUAACAUAUCCUUAGUUUUAUAACAACAACAAAAGUGUAACUUCAAGAGGAAAAACAACGCUGAGAUGUCAAAACAAACUACAAAAAAAUUAAACUAGAUUUUUUUUUUGGCAAAAUAAUCCUAAAUAAUGUAAACUAAAUUUACUCCUCACGCAAUUAUAUUUUAAGCAAAUAUGGAAAUGAUUGGGUGGGAUGAUGAUGGAUGAAAUCUCCAUUCCUGUCAGACGGCCGAAUUAAGGUCCUUCAAGCUGCUUCUUCUGAAGGCUUCAGGGACCAUGCAGAUGACCUCCCGCACUGACCACACAGGUGCCUUUCUGUAGCUGUGUUUAUCAGGUCAUUUUCUUCAACCACUGUCAUUGAGAAAGUGAUUUUUGUUCUCUCGGCCUGGCUCUAAAACACUGAUGAAUGAUCGCUACAAUAAAUAACUUAAGAAAGA